AUGACACAGGACUACGACAAUAAAAGACCCGUGUUGGUUCUUCAGAAUGACUCUCUCUACUCUCAAAGACGUCCUUACACCAAUGAAGAUGAGGCCUGGAAGACUUUUCUUGAAAAUCCCCUCACAGCAGCUACCAAAGCUAUGAUGAGCAUCAAUGGGGACGAAGACAGUGCAGCUGCCCUUGGACUGCUGUAUGAUUACUACAAGGUUCCAAGGGAGAGGAGAUCUUCAACAGCUAAGCCUGAGGUAGAACAUCCUGAACAAGACCAUAGCAAAAGGAACAGCAUCCCAAACGUUUCAGAACAGUCGCUCAUUUCUGCUGGAGAAAACAGAGUCCAGGUUCUGAAAAAUGUGCCUUUCAAUAUUGUCCUUCCACAUACCCCCCAGAUGGGCAUGGACAAACGAGGCCACCUCACAACCCCUGACACAACGGUCACCGUUUCCAUCGCCACGAUGCCCACCCAUUCCAUCAAAACAGAGACGCAGCCCCAUGGCUUUGCCGUGGGCAUCCCCCCAAGCGUGUACCACCCCGAGCCGCCCGAGCGGGUCGUGGUCUUCGACAGGAACCUCAAUCCCGACCAGUUCAGUUCCAACACCCAGCCUCAAAACUCCCAGAGGCGAACGCCAGACUCCACCUUCUCGGAGACUUUCAAAGAGGGUGUGCAAGAGGUUUUCUUUCCUACUGAACUGAAUCUCCGAAUGGCCAAUAUGAAUUCAGAAGAUUAUGUUUUUGACAGCAUUUCUGGGAAUAAUUUUGAAUACACUCUGGAAGCCUCCAAGUCCCUCCGACAGAAGCCUGGGGACAGCACAAUGACUUACCUGAAUAAAGGUCAAUUUUACCCAAUCACGCUGAAAGAAGUCAGCAGCACUGAAGGAAUCCAUCACCCCAUCAGUAAAGUCCGAAGUGUCAUUAUGGUUGUGUUUGCCGAAGACAAAACAAGGGAAGAUCAGCUCAGGCACUGGAAAUACUGGCACUCAAGACAGCACACAGCCAAACAAAGAUGCAUUGACAUAGCUGACUAUAAGGAGAGCUUCAACACCAUCAGCAACAUUGAGGAGAUCGCAUACAAUGCCAUAUCCUUCACCUGGGACAUCAACGAGGAAGCAAAGGUUUUCAUUUCUGUGAACUGCCUCAGCACAGAUUUUUCCUCUCAGAAGGGAGUUAAAGGUCUGCCCCUAAAUCUUCAGAUUGACACUUACAGCUACAAUAACAGGAGUAACAAACCUGUCCACAGAGCCUACUGCCAAAUUAAAGUCUUCUGUGACAAGGGAGCAGAGAGGAAGAUCAGGGAUGAAGAGCGAAAGCAAAGCAAAAGAAAAGUUUCUGAUGUCAAAGUGCCCAUGCUUCCCUCACACAAGCGUACUGACAUCACCAUCUUCAAGCCCUUCAUGGACCUGGACACUCAGCCUGUCCUGUUCAUCCCUGAUGUUCACUUUGCAAAUCUGCAGCGUGGGGCUCAUGUCCUUCCUGUUGCUUCAGAAGAACUAGAGGGUGAAAGCUCCAACCUGAAGAGAGGAGCUUAUAUUGGUGAAGAGGACUUUAUUGCUACUCCAAAUAAGAUGGCCAGAAUAGAAGAGCCAAAAAGAGUGCUUCUGUAUGUCCGAAAAGAGUCAGAGGAAGUCUUUGAUGCAUUGAUGUUAAAGACACCAUCUCUGAAAGGCCUAAUGGAAGCGAUAUCUGACAAGUACGAUGUUCCUUUUGAUAAAAUAGGGAAAAUAUUCAAAAAAUGUAAAAAAGGAAUUCUGGUCAACAUGGAUGAUAACAUUGUGAAGCACUAUUCUAAUGAAGAUACCUUCCAGCUGCAGAUUGAAGAGGUUGGAGGAUCUUACAAGCUCACUCUGACUGAGAUCUAA